UAGGAAGUGUGCUUCGCUUGGCUCAGCUCAGGAUGGUGUGUGUCUACUCUCGUGCUCUUAUUGGGUAGGGGCGGGUUCCACUGUGAUGAUGUCAGCAGUAUAAUUGGGUAGGUUUUUAGGUAGAGAAUCAGUAGCGUAGGAAGACCCAUUGUACGUACCGGUAUUUUGCGGCUUAAGAAAGGUUCGUUGUUGUUCUUAAGAAAUAUUGAAGCUGUGGCCUACUCUGACUCAAUUUCAUUGAAUGGGCAAUACUUUGUUUACCCGUACUGCUGGUGCAUGGAUGUUUACGAACUGUUAAAGUGACACAAACCAUGAACUACGUUGGGCAGCUUGCCGGUCAGGUGUUUGUCCAGGUGAAGGAGCUAUAUAGAGGACUAAAUCCUGCAACACUAUCAGGAUGCAUUGAUAUCAUUGUGGUGCGUCGGCCAGAUGGGACUCUCCAGUGCUCUCCGUUCCACGUCCGGUUUGGGAAAAUGGGGGUGCUGAGGUCACGGGAGAAAGUGGUGGACAUAGAAAUUAAUGGGGAACCUGUGAGCUUACAUAUGAAGCUUGGAGAAAAUGGGGAAGCCUUCUUUGUUCAGGAAACAGGGGAUGAUAAGGAGAUUAUCCCCUCAUACCUUGCUACCUCCCCCAUCCUCUCAGAUGGGGCCACGCUCAUGGAAGCACAGAUGAAGAAGAAUUCGGUGGAGAGGCACAGAAGCUCUGCCCACAGUGCAUCUUCUCAAUCACUGAUCUCCAUUCACGUGUCCCAAACAGGAGCGGACUGCCAGCCAGGCAUCGGCUCCUUGAAGAAAAGACGGAAGAAACGACGGAAACCAAAGCUCGACAGCAUGAAGAGAGAGGACAGUGGAGAUCACUCUGAAGAUGAAGACAUGUUUCCUAUUGACAUGAGCUCUGACGAGGAAGCUGAGCUGGCAGACAGUGCGGGAGCAUCAGCACGGGAUGAAAAACCAUUGAGCAGUGACUACACACAGAGUACAGUACGUGCUUGUUCAGAUGGAGAAUGGUCACCUAUUCAAAGCCCUGGUGGAUCCCGCCCUUCAACCCCCAAAAGUGACUCGGAGCUGGUCAAGCCUUCAGACAAAGUGAAGCAGAACAACCCAGAGAUGCUUUGGGCCUGGGGAGAGCUCCCUCAUGCUGCAAAGCCUUCGUUCACACAGAAAUCGGACCUGUCCACUGUGGUAAACAUACCAGUUUCAACAAGCACUCACUUUCGGGUGAUUUCCAGUGAUUCAACUUCAGAGGCCCAUCUGAGUGUUUCACCCUCCCCUCCACUCUUUGAACCAGUGGCUUCAGAGUGCGAACCCCAGGCUGACACAGGCUUUAACGUCAGGCCUGAUUUUGAGAUGCUAGGAGCAACUGCACCAUUAUUAUCAGAAAAUGGAGAGCAAUGCCAGGCUGAGCUACAGCCAGUCAGUAAAACAGAUUCCCCUUCUAAAAAGAAAGAUAAGAGAAGUCGACAUCUAGGAGCUGAUGGUAUUUAUUUGGAUGACAUCACCGAGCUGGAACCUGAAGUUGCAGCUUUGUAUUUUCCAAAAAGUGAAACCAGCAAUCCUGGUAAGGGCUGCCCCGACAGUGAGGCCAGGUUAGCAAACCAGUCCCCCCAGUCUGUCAGCUCUGGAGUGGACAGCGGGGUCGACAGCUUCUCAGACCAAAUCGGAGAUCUACCGUCCAUUGCCAUUUCCCUCUGUGGUGGACUAACUGACAACAAGGAGAUAACGAGAGAACUGUUUCAAGAAAAAGCUGUAUCGUAUCAGCAUUUUGUUGAGAACCCGGCAAUCAUUGAUGAUCCGAAGCUUGUGGUGAAAAUUGGAAGCAAGUAUUAUAACUGGGCAACUGCUGCACCUCUGAUGGUAGCCAUGCAGGUAUACCAGAAACCUCUUCCAAAGACCACUGUGGAGAACAUCAUGAAGGAGAAGAUGCCCAAGAAAGGGGGCCGGUGGUGGUUUUCGUGGCGUAGGAGAAACAGCACUGUCAAAGCGGAAUCCACAUCAGAACCAGGAGGCAGUAUGUCAGGAUCUAUAGGAGGAGAGGAGUCUGGGCAAAUGAGUUCUUCAGACAGGUUGAAAGACGAGUCUUCUUCCAGCGAUGAAGACACCCAUGCCUCCAAGCUGAGCUCCAGCACCUUAAAGCAGGAGGCCCUCUCGUUCUCCUCUUCAAGUGUUUUAUACAGAAAAACUCUCCGGCUCACCUCCGAGCAGCUGGGAAGCCUCCAGCUGAAGAAUGGCCCCAACGAUGUGGUGUUCAGUGUUACAACACAGUACCAGGGCACAUGUCGCUGUGAAGGAACCAUCUACCUGUGGAACUGGGAUGAUAAAAUCAUUAUCUCGGAUAUUGAUGGAACCAUUACCAGGUCUGACACACUGGGUCACAUUCUGCCUACCCUUGGCAAGGACUGGACUCAUCAGGGCAUUGCCCGGCUUUAUCACAAAGUUAGCCAGAAUGGCUACAAGUUCAUGUACUGCUCAGCCCGUGCUAUUGGAAUGGCAGACAUGACAAGAGGGUACCUGCACUGGGUUAAUGAAAGGGGAACCAUGCUACCUCAGGGGCCUGUACUGCUGAGCCCAAGCAGUUUAUUCUCAGCAUUGCACAGGGAAGUGAUAGAAAAGAAACCAGAGAAGUUUAAGAUUGAGUGUCUGACAGACAUAAAACAUCUCUUUCAUCCAAACAUUGAGCCUUUCUAUGCUGCUUUUGGAAACAGACCUACAGAUGUGCAUUCAUAUAAGGAAGUAGGAGUUGCUUUGAACAGAAUCUUUACAGUUAACCCAAAAGGAGAACUGAUACAAGAACAUGCAAAGACUAACAUAUCCUCUUACGUGAGACUUGGUGAAAUCGUGGAUCACGUGUUCCCGCUGCUGACACGAGGAGAUGCCUCAGACUUCCCCUGUUCUGACACCUACAGUCAGUUCACCUACUGGAGGGAGCUACUGCCGUCUGUGGAAAACCCAGAUGUCCGUUUAGAAUCCAGUUAAACAUUAGAACCAGAUGUUGAACAAUUGCUUCUGUAACGGGCAGUGUUGUGUGAUACACUGCCGUUAUGGAUUCUGUCCCCUGUCAGUGAAAUGGAAUUAGGCUAAAAGCUCUAAAACCAUGAAUGCUGAGGAGCCUGGCUCUUUUGCAUUGUGGUUAAGACGCUUACUUGCAGGAUGCGGGUUCGCCGGUGUUUAAACACAGAUUUUGUUUUCUACACUGGGUUUAGCUCUUUUUUUUUUUAAACAGAUACAGUACAUUUGUGCAUUCUAAUCCUACUUUAUGUGCAUACUAAGUUGUUAAUUAAUCAAAAUAGUCUUUUUUGCUACACUUUUUUUAACAUUUUUUAGAGCUCAGAAAACAAUUAUUAUUUUUUUUAAUUUUAAUGCUGAUAGAUGUUUUUAAAAGGGGGCUAGGCACAUUUCAGCAAAGCAAGUCACUUUGCUUAAUACUGAAGCUUUUAAUCUUCAUUAGAGAUCCUUGAAAAAAAAUAAUUCAAUAAUAAAGAAAGGUUGUUACUCUUGCAGCCAAAUAAAGAUACACCCUGGUGAGAACCCUUUUAUCAUGAGACUGUAAACCAUUGCAGUGUGCUGCUUCUCUUUUAUUUCUAAGAAAAUAAGAACAACACACCAGCACAGCAGGUUAAAUACAUCGGAGAAGGUAUCAGUAGCUUCUUCAGGGCAGAAGAGGGGGACAUCGAAUUCCCCUGUAGAUUGUAAUUUAUCUGAUAUGCAUAUAUGUGCCCACCAGUAUUCCACAAGCCCUUUUCAUCUCCAUAAGUUUAAAGCUUCAGGAACUCUGUAUGUAGACAGUCAUGUGCACUCAGCCUUGACUGAACUGAACUACAUAGACACUGUAAAGGUUGACAUGAAGUGACAAGCUAGGUAACCAGGGCAACAGAUGAACUAGAAGUUUACACGACAUGUCUUGUUUCUGGAAACACUACUUUUUAAUGAUCAAAGCUUUGCAAAGGAUUUUCUGCUUUGAAUAAUUGCAUGUUUUGUUAAAAUAUUAGCCCAUAUAUCAACCAUUUGAGUUGGCAUAAGUCACUUUUCAUUACAGAUAUGUCUGAUUAAUCUAUCUUUCCGUUUUGUUUUGUGAAGUAACAAAACUGAACCGAUUUAAAUAAUCUCAAGUUUCCUACAUCCACUAAUCUUUUAUGAACUUCAGCUGCAACAAUAUUCAAAUAUUAACAUCUAUGGAUCAGAGUUUAUAAUAUAUAUAUCAUCCCGUAAUACACAAAGUGGGUUUCAGUGAUUUUUAAUGAAUUACAAUAAUACAUCAUGUCAACCAAUCACAGUGAUGUAUAAACCGUGUUGGCAUGUACAGUGAGGUCUGAAACUUUUUUUUUUUUUUUUUUUUAAACCAUAAAUUGUACUAAAUGUAAAGUGUGAUCAGGGUGUCAUGUAAACUUCUGUUCAUAUAGAUUCUUAAUUCUGUGAAAGUGUUCUUAGGAUGAUACUAUACAGUACUUCAGGAUGAUGAAGCUUUGGGAGGUUUACUUGAGAUUUGUUAAUGAUAAAGUUACUGUAUGUAGACACCUUUAAAGAAAGGUAUAGUUACUUCAUGUAAAUAAUGUUAAAUUCUACUUUGGCUUCUGGAGAACCUGAAACAAAUGUAUACGAACAUAUAUGAACUAUAUCUUUUAAUGAAAUUAUCCUUAAUCUCAAUAUAUUGUUUGAAUAAUGGCUGGGAGUAGUUAGAAAGCAAAAUGCCUAUUCUUUCUGUGAAAGAUAGUGUUAUGAUCUGCUUUGUAUUGCCAUACUCAUGGUUGUCAUUAAAUUACUAUUUUUGACUGAUGUAUGUAUAUAACAGAAUCCAAUUGUAAUGAAUGUGUGCAGUGUAAUGUCAUGUAUAUAUGGCUGUAAUUGUAAUAAAUGCUCAGAAUAUUCA